AUGUUAUUCGUCGCCACCUCUAAUGUCUGUGUGUGUCUCUGUGUCUCUAGCUUAUCUAUAAGAGGUAGAUGUAGAGGUAUGGAUUCUUGUCUCGCUGACUUGACUCGUCUGUCUUGUCUCUUUUAUCUUUUGUCAAUCUGUCUAUCUUUUUGUCUAUCUAUCUCUGCAUACCACAGGGGGGAUAAAGAAUAA